AAUGGUGAAACUGGAGCGCUUGUAAGGUUACCCGCUCAGCCCGUCCACUUGGAUCCCUUUCCCAACGGAUUUCUUGGGACCCCGGACUGCCUGGCCGAAAUGAAGGGACCCCAUGGAUAUCCAGAUUCCUGAAUUUCCGUGGCUGCAGAGGAAGCCUGGGAAUCAAAAAGUGGCAAAGGGGCGUGUGAAGGGUUUCAUUGGCAUAAUGUACAGCGCCUGUAAGCUUGUUCAUUUUGUAUGUCGUUAGUGCAGCGUUGCACUGAGGAAAACCUUCACUUGUCCCUUUUCAGUAUUUUCCCAUAUUUCCGCCUUUCCCCUCUCACCUUCGCUCUCCCUUCGUCCUUCCAUUCUUUUCGGCUUCGUCUCUUCAUUCCACGUUUGUGUUUCUGCCUCAGCUCGUGGUCAUCGUCGCCGUCGCCAUUCGUUUACGAAACAUAUACAACAGUCACUCAUUUGAUCAGUCUUGCUCUUCACUGCUUCUAUCGCCUUCCGGUCCUUUUCACAUUUCUGUCAUUGAAACAAUUAGUGACCAAGUCCCGGCAAAAGUCAUCACAUCCACCAACCAAGCCACCAGCUCGAUAUUACUAUUCAAAAUGCGUUUCUCCGUCGCCGCCGUCCUCGCUAUUGCGACCGCCGUCUUUGCCCAGACCGAUGGCUUCGAUGUCAUCUCCAACCCAUAUGCCGGUGAGAAGGUGCUUGCUGGUCUGCCCUGUGAGAUCAAAUGGGCGCCUUCGUCCGACCCGAAAUUCCAGGGUACCGUCCGUAUCGAUGUCCUUGGAGGCACCACCCCUCAGACGUUGGACAAGGUUGGAACUGUUGCCUCGGGCGUUGACAGCAGCAAGGGUUCUUACAAGUGGAUGGUCGACGCUCACCUAGGCAAGGCCAACACCUACGGUAUUCAGAUCACCUUGGAGUCCAAUGAGAAGGUCUUCCAGUACUCAUUCCCUUUCCACAUCAUUGGCGGCCUUGCCGACUCUGGUGAUGCCACCACCGUCACUGUUCCCACUACCGCUGCCGCUGGCACCGCUAAGCCUCUGACCGUCGCCGCUCCUGCCACUACCAAGGCUGCCAUCACUACCACCAAGGCCUCCGAUGCCGCCGAUGCCGCCCAGACCACCGCCAACGCCGCUACUGGUGCCGCCUCCGGCUCUGCCGGCGACUCCUCCGCCUCCGGCGCCGUUUCCUCCUUCAGCACCGUCGUCGGCAGCUCCUCUGCUUCCGUCGAGGCUUCUGCCACCUCUUCUGACGUCGUCGCUACCGCUUCUGCUUCUUCCACUGGCGCUGUUGCCACUGGCGGUGCUGCUGCCUUUGGCGCCAGCACCGGUGCUCUCUUCGGCGGUGUCGCCAUGGCCCUCUUCGCUCUCUAAGAGAGGACGCUUGGGCUCUGACACCCAACGUUGGAAAGGGGGUUGUUUUUGUCUUGUUGGAUUUUGCAUACGCUCGGUAUUACCAUGAAUACCAGCUGUUUGGUUGAAGAAGGGCAUAAUUCCAGACCCGGGGAGGAAAAAGAAAAGUAUGGAUUGUACUUGAAGAUAUCCCGGACGUUCUUGUAAAUGAUCACCGAGACCUUAAGGUCAUUAAUCGAGCGGAAUCUGCUUCCUACAAAAGAAACCGGGACAACGACGUAUGCUCCUAGUCUCUUCGUUGGCUUGGAUUUGUUCAGCGUGAUAUGCGCGUAUGUUGAAUUUCGAUUGGAUGAGUUGUAUUCGGGCGUGUCACCCUUCAUUGGCGUAUCAGUAAUGGUGCUCUCUAUACGUUGUUAGCCAUUCUUUGUAUGCUGAUAUCGCCAAUGAACGGUGCAUGACUUUAACCAGUGAUCACAUAUCGACUGAGGAUGUGAUACUUCUCGCCAGGGACGUUUCGCAAAAUCAAACAUUGAAUCGCCGGCGAUCAGUCUCGCGUGGGAAAUCCCAAGAUACAACGGAGUGCAUGUUUGAACCUUGAGAGCAACAAGCCGACUGCUUAAAUCAUAUCCACAACCACGGUAGGCUAGCGCAAUGUACCAAGACCCGGCAUCUCC